AUGUCCCGCGGCAGGCUGCGCCGCCGUGAUGGCAGCAGCACUCCCGGCCGCCUCCUCGUGGCGCUGCUGGCGGCGUCCGCGAGCGGGGCCCGCGCGGCCCGGGUGCGGGCGGCCGCCCGGCUGUUCGCGGGCGCCCACGGGCUCCUCGACGGCCUGCGCGGCGCGCCCGGCUCGGCUCCGCCGAGCCCGGCCGAGGCCGCCGCCGCCGUCGUGGACUUCUUCCAGGCGGGCGGCGCCGGCGGGGGGGGCAACGCCACGGCGGCGGCACGGCCUGCGUGCGCGGGCUUCCUGGCGAGGAGCAUUGGCGGCCUGAACGAGUCGUGGUCCGACGUCCAGCUGGAGGCCGCGCUGAACAGCGCGUGCUCCGAGAGGGUACUGUUCACGAAGGCCAACGGCUCGGACGAGCACCUGGACUGCCUCUCCUUCUCCUCGCGCUUGGCCCGCGCGCGCCGGGCGCGCCCGGCGAACGGCAGCAGCGUCGCGGGCUACGCGGACGUUUGCGAAGAAUACGCGGUACUGGUGUCGAAGCAGGGUCCUGUUGCAUCGUCCUCAGAACAGGCCGAGCAGGAGGCAGAGCAGGAGGCAGAGGCUGGUACUGGCUUCAUCUGGAUCGUUCAGGUAAUUUUUGGCGUCGUGUACUACUUCACGGUCGUGUCGAAGUACCCGGUGGUGAAGGAAGGCCCAGAGGCGAUCCCCGAACAGCACCCGGCGAAGCUGCUGCAGGACCAGAACGAGCUCAGUUCGCUCACGAAAGUGAGCUCCACCAACUGCAUGCUGUCAUUUUGCUGCCCUGUUGCUCGCGCCUCGCACACGUUCCACUCCACAGAGACCCUCAACUACUGGAUCUCGUGCGGCAUCAUGACGUGCUUCCCGUUCUGGGGCCCAUGUUGCGCGCUCUUCAUUGCGAACUCUUGCACGCCGAUGAACAGGAAGCUCGGUGGCGAGGAGAGGAACGUUGUGAUGAGCCUCAUCUGCACGUGGUGCUGCCCCUGCUGCGUCAUCGCGCAGGACGCUGAGAGCAUGGACCUUCUGGUCGGCGUGAAGACGGGCGUGUGUGGCGUGACCCAGGCCGAGGACUGA